CUACUAUAAGCACGUGCCACGAAUACAUAGUUCAGUACAUCAACAGUAAAUGAUAGGAUGGCAGCAUUUUUAAUAUUAGGUGCCGUGUUUGUCGCUAAGCAGAUAAAGGAAGAGCUCGAUUCGGAUGAUGUCAAGGAAGACCGCCGUCGACUGCGUGUUGUCGAAAAACGCAUCCGCACACCCAUCGAGGGACACGUGACCUUCUCCAUAGAGAAACGUGAGAUGGAGCGCAAGAAAAUUGAAGCCCAAAUCCUGCGCCCCUCCAAGGUUACGCGGCGCGUGAGGCGAAUGCAGUCGCGUGAGGAGCGUAAGGGGGUGCAAGAAAGGAGGACCCCACUGGGAUCAGGCUCGUUUGCGUUGGGGUCGGACGAGUAUAUAACUUUGCAAACGGCGGAGUACGUGCAUGCGUUCGAGGCCCACACGGGGGAGAAGAGGCCAGCUCGACUGACGCCAAUACCACUGCUGGAGUAAAUCUUCGGCAGUAGAGGAUCGACGUACACAGAAACAUACAGACGUGUGCGCACCCUGCAGAUUCGGUAAAAUUUCUUGACCAAUUAACAGAGCCGCCGCUUCAGAAAUUGCCAGGGGUCUUCGGAGACUAAAUAUAUAACGCCCGGGCCAGCAAUGCUCGCAGCGAAGUCUGCGACGCGUAUAGAGACAUUGUUGUGUGCACUAGAGUGUGGUACCGCAAAGUUGUCAUAGUGGGUUCGGGAUCAUUUCAUAUAAUCAUAUAUAGUUUUUACAAUUAAUUAAUUAGCAAGUGUCAAUCGUCUCCAGUGUUGAGGGAUUGGAUAUUAAGAGUGGGUGACUACCACCGUCAGAUCCGUUGGGGUUGAAUUUACAAGUAUAUAUAAAGCCACUUACCGAGCAUUGAAGUGGCUCCACAGUCGAAUACAUAAGGGACCGUGUUCCUAUGCAAUAAAGUAAUUUUUG